AUGCCGCGCUUCAGGAACUCGAAUCCAGCUGACAAAAGCUGCCUUUCAUCUCUUGUAUCACUAGUGCGACGCCGACCAAAGAGCACGGCUCACAGUCCUGCACCUGUGCCCACUCCGGAGGAUGACAUCCAGCCUCCGCCGAGCGCUGCCGAGACUCAAACAGCAAUCUUACCCGAUGCAGGCGUGUCGAAUGCCUCUUCCUCUCCUAUAGAGAAUGACGUCGAAGACCAAGGAAAGAACCCGAUCCGAAUACAGGGAGAAUCAGAACUCUGGUACGAGGCUUUGCGUAAAAGCGAUGAUCAGAUUAGAGAGGCCAUCCAGGGAUAUCGUAUCUCUACCAGAGAUGAGAUUGAAGCGGCUAAAUUAAUAGCCAUGGUGCGAGAUAAACAAGAAAACUUUGCGAACACAACAGCAAAGAUCAAAAUUGGGAAUCGCGAGAUCAUAUGGCGGGAUCAUGCCACCCGUGUCGUCACAUGGGUAACCAACAUUGGUGAUAUUGCUGUACCCUUUGCCCCAAGCCCAUCUUCCACUGUGUGGUCGGCAUUGAAGGUUCUGAUGCAGGCCCAUGUAUCACAGUGUGAAGACCUUGUUGCCAUUCUGGACUGUGCUGAGAAGGUACUCCGACUAGUCCAACGAGGGAGGACCUACGAAGCUGUCUAUCUACAGCAACUGAGUCAUAAACACUCGGAGUCAAGAGAGAGCCUAAGAAAUGCUCUGAUUGAGGCAUACAAGCAGGCUCUCAAGCUCCUCAUUCAUGCCGCUGAUCAGUUUCAAAAGGGCAAGGGACAACGCUUCGUUGACGCGCUCAUGAACCCCAAGCAAGGAGAAACUCUGGUAAAUGACUUAACGAAGGCAGAAGAGAACUUAUCAAGAGCAGUACAAGCUUCAGAGUCUGAACACAGGCAAAUGGACAACGCAGAAACUAGAAGGCUUCUUGAGCGGCUGAGCGGGCCACUACGAUACAUUGACGACAAGGUUGGCGUGAUGCUUCAACACAUCGAGCAGUCUACGCUUUACGACGCUCUAAUGUCUAUCAGCGACGUUGAUGUCGCUGGACAACAUGAGAUGAGAACCCUUAAAAGAACAAAAGGAACUUGCGAGUGGUUACUGGAACAUGAGAAAUUUCGCUGCUGGGAAGAUUCUUAUGAUUCGCCAAUCUUAUGGCUCAAAGGGAGAGUUGGCACUGGCAAGUCGACUCUAACCUCAAAAGUCGUUGAUCGUUACCGUAUCCCCGUCGAAGAACUGGUAAACCAGCCCGCGAUUGACGAAGGCUUCGCAUUCUUUUACUGCAGCAAAAGUGGGACAAAAGGUUCAAAGGAUGACAUGUUCAUCCAGGUCCUAAGAAGCUUCCUUCGUCAACUCGCAACAGUGCCUCAUCAUCCGGAAAAGAUUGACCCAGACCUGAUCAAGCUAUGUCAGGCGAUGAAGACCAAGAACCAAACAUUAUCGAUUGAAAGCUGCCAAAAGCGCAUCGCUACACUUAUAGAGAUCUAUCCUCGUACAAUUAUUGUUCUCGACGCCUUGGACGAAUGCGAUAGGUCAACCAGGCACGAAUUGAUCGCCUUCUUUACGGAUCUCAUAGACAAGUCUUCCCAUCCGGUCAAAGUUGUUAUUUCCAGUCGUGAUGAAGACGAUAUCAGAAGACUCCUGUCGACUAAGAAUGUCCUGAGUAUCGAUGUUGACCGUAAGAACGAGAAGGAUAUUGAGACGUAUCUUGACACAGAAUUGGCGAGGGCCUGUGAUCACUGGUCACCGAGGAUCAAGAAAAAGGUCAAGCAGAAGCUUAUUGAAGGUAGCAUGGGAAUGUUUCGAUGGACGUACUUGCAAAUGGAGCAGCUCAAAGACCUUGUGUCAGAUGAAGCUGUGGACGAAAGACUGGGUAAACUACCGAAGGAUCUUACGAAAGCAUAUGAUGAGCUUUACAACAGCUUGGAGACACACGAUCGCGUGUUGCUCCAGAGGAUGGUAAAGUGGCUUAUACAUGGAGCGGAAUCAUUGUCUACCUCGGCCAUGCUCUCGGCCAUCCGAUUGUCCGAGGCCAAGGACGACCACUGCCACAUCUCUAUACAUACAUCGACUAAGCUCAGUGAGUCUCAGCUGCAGGUUAUAGGCCGACAUUUGGUUGUGUCUGAUAAUUCUAUACAUGAUCAUCGUCGAACCCACAGGUACAAAACAGCUUGUCGUCGCGUUUGGAGAUUUGCACACGCCUCUGUCACAGAAUACUUUGAGGACCAUCAUCAAAGCUGGUCGGGCGAUAGCGCCGUGAUGGAGCUAGCCAGACUAUCAGUCCUGAAAGCCAUUGAUCUCUACCCAAAUAGGGGUUUCGGAAAGACAGAGCAUGAGAAUUCCGAAAAUAGCACAAAUAGUGCAAAUUAUGGCAUUGGAGCACAUUCCUAUUCUGAUACAUAUCGACAAUUUAGAGAUCAGUCAGAGUUUGAGCAGUAUGUAACAGACCUCUGGCCUUGGCACAUUCAAGCCGUGCAGCGAAGGUCGUUGCGAUGCCCGGAUCUGUCAGUGCUUCUAGAGCGAUUUCUAAUCGCACCGAAUGAGACACAUAUCUCUAGCCAAAGAUAUAGGAAUUGGAAAUCGACCACGUCCGACCGUUUUCAACGUUUCUUUGGCGUAUGGAAGUCAGAAUUGGAACCCAUUGAAAACCCGUUUUUCGCAAUUUGGUCCUUGGAUCUGUACGCUGCAGCAGAAGAUUGGGUUGAACCUCGGAUGGACCUUCUCGAGGUUAAUAAGUACGGCAAUGAUGCUUUAGCUCUUGCAGCAUUCCAGGGUCAUGUUGAUCUUUGUCGUCAGCUUAUUCUCAAAGGGGUUAACGUUGAUAGAAUUCUUCCCAGCGGGUUAAGCGCAUUGUACAUAGCCAUCGCCUGGAAUCAAGUGUCUUGCGUCAAGCUACUACUCCAGAAGGGCGCAAACCCCAAUCAGAAUACGAAUCAUCGACCUCUCUGCAAUGCUUUAGAUUUGAGCAAGGAGGCGGUUGAAGUUCUAUUACAGUACAGGGCAGAUCCAAAUCUCGUUUGCCAUGACACAGAUUGCUUCGAGUGGCCUCUUGGAAAGGCUAUGCACAUGGGCGUUGAAACCAAGGUGAUGGAGAGAUUUAUAGAGGCUGGGGCGAGUCUGAAUUUACAAAUAGGGGUAUAUGGAGGACCGCUUGCAGAAGCGGCUUGGAAGGGGAGCUUGUCUUAUGCUAAACUUUUUGUCGACAACGGGGCUCAAGUGAAUGCGCACCUUACAGUUGGAAAGUACGGAACUGCUUUGGCUGCUGCUAUUUUUGGAUCUUACUUUGCGAUGGUUAAGUACUUGAUAGAGGAAGCAGGGGCAGAUGUUCGAAAGAUGAUCAGCUGCCUUCCGUUCCCAAGACCGGAAGUUUCCCAAAGAUACGAGUCAUGGGGAGAGGAUAUAAAACGAUAUCUUAUUAAGAAAGGAUACAUGGAUGAGGAAGAUUUGGAGUAUAUUGUUUACAACGACUCGAACAUUGAGAAACCACUACUUUAG